AUGCGGAUACGCGCAGCCAGAUGGACACGUAAUGUCAUCCCGGAGCGCCAGAGUACCGACAAGUGGAAGUCCAAGUAUGCAGCGACCCAGGCAGCGCUGCCGGCCUGCCAGUACAUGCAAACCAUAGCUGACGCAUUGGCUGGCUCACAGACAGUGGUAAUCCGUGGAGCCACGGGCUGCGGCAAGACCACCCAGGUGCCGCAGAUUGCCCUGCGGCUGCUACUGUCGGCAAAGUACAAAGGUGGGCGUAUCUUGUGUACGCAGCCGCGCCGGAUAUCUGCUACAUCUAUCUCUCAGCGCGUCUCUCUGGAAGUUGGGGACGGGCAGCUUGGAACCAAAGAUUCGCUGGUCGGAUUCCAGGUGCGACUUAACGCGCGUGCAGUUGACGAGAACCCGCUUGUAUUCUGCACCACGGGCGUGCUGUUGCGCAUGCUGGUUGAGAAUCCAAAGCUAGCAGGUAUCAGCUGUGUGAUCUGUGACGAGGUGCAGGAACGCACUCUGGAGCUUGACUACCUGCUAAUCGUCUUGCGUCGGCUGUUGGCCAGGCGGCCUGAUCUAAAGGUCAUCUUGAUGAGUGCAACCAUCGACACCAGCAUCUUCACCUACUACUUUGACAGCUGCCCGGUGGUCGACAUCCCUGGCCGAACAUUCCCUGUCACCAACAUGUAUCUGGAGAACGUCAUCCAGAUGUCUGGAUAUGUGCUUGAUAGUCAGAGUUUCUUCGCUGAGAGGCCCAAAUAUGUG